AUGGAGACUAGAUACUGUGAUAAUUUCUUUGUCCACUAUUACUUGUCCUCUGUGAAUUGUCGUAACUUUAUGGUCUUCACCCCGCCGGUCAAGAAAGUCAAAAUGAGUGAGAAGAGCACAAAGCACAAAGAAGAAGAGGAGAGCAGCGUUCCGAAGAAUGGAGAAGACGUCGUAGAGCAAGGAGAGCGAGGAGUUCAUCUUGAUUUCCAGGGAACAGAUGAGGACCUGGAGCGGAUUCUCCGUGAGACUGCGCCAUUCCAAACGACGUCAUCAGAUUCAGAAUUCUCUACACCUCCCAUUCGUCAGGCGCCCUCUCGAGCCGAAACGACGUCGUCGGAGUCAUCGGAUUCUGAUUCAGAAUCCUCGUCACCACAGCUCCAGGAAGAGAAACCAGAAGGAGGUGGAUACUUGAAGAAAGCUCCAGAGCUCAAGAAGGAUCUUCAUCUUGAAAAGAAGCCAGUCGAAGAAGGAAAGGGGCUCCAGAGCUUUGAGAAGGUUCUUGAGCUCGAGAAGAAUCGUCAGCUCGAGAAGUUCGAGAAUUCGGGUGGAGGAUGGGAGAGGUCGGACAGUUUCGAAGCUGUCUACGGAGAUGGGGAAGAGUAUCAGGUUGACACCAGAGGAGAAGUCAGUGAAGGAUCCAUCUACGUUCCGACACCGAAAGCAUCUCCAGCCGAUGGCAAUUACUGCCUUUUUGGCGGAGAAUAUAUGAGCAAAGCUGAACAAAUGCUCCUUGAGAAAGCUAUGGAGGAAUCUUUAAAGGAGCAGAAGGAUAAGGAGGCCGAGGCGGUGCCAGUCAAAGAUAGGUUGAGAUUCCAGCAGCCAGCCACCUCUUCGGAUCGAGCAGUGUCAGUGGCCAAAAAGACAUCUCCACCACCACCAUUCAAGGAGCAAUUUGAGAAUGUCUCAUGGGACGUUUCGGAAUGGUACAAGGGCGAAAUCGAGCCCCGACCCACGGAGUUCUGGAUUCCGGACUCAGAUGUCCCGUCUACCUCAAACUUCACAGAUGCCGACGCAAAGCGAGCCACGGACAGAAUCAUGAUGGAAUUCUACGACGAGUGUCGUUGGGCAAUGAGACGGAAGCAAAGGAAGAUGUUGGAGUGA